CUCUCCAGGCCUGGUGCCAUUUAAUACCCACUACCUCACCGUCAACCUUUAUACCCACCCUUUUACAAUAAUCCAAUUCUUUGUGGCCGGUCCACUUUCACGUAAUACACAGUUCUACUUGCUCAAAACGAACUUUCAAACUCACAACGACAACGCAAUACUCGCAACCCUUUACGAAACUCUCAACACACAGCUUCUCCAGCAAUCUUGACGUCUAUCCAUUAGUUUGGCAUUGGACGAAUUCGAAAGAAACAAUUACAUCAUAAUACCAAUCUUUACAACAGAAAGAACGAAACAACAUCACAAUGGCCGCUAUCCAGCUUAACUUCACUCUCCGCACUUCCUCCAACUGCAAGACCGUGCACUUGCUCGGCUCCUGGGACGGCUACCAGGGUCAGCUCCCGCUUUCCAAGGACCCCAAGAAGUCCGGAGGCUGGGUCGGAUGCUUCAAGUUCCAAGGACAGACCUUGAAGCAGGGACAGCGCUACUGGUACUACUACAUCAUCGACGGCUACCACGUCUCGCACGACCCCGCUAAGGACCACACCACCGAGCCCACCACUGGCCGCAAGCUUAACAUCAUCGACAUCCCCGCUGCCAAGUCGAGCUCCAAGACAACCACCUCCAGCUCAGACCGCAAGUCCCGCCGCGUCUCGACCGCCACCAUCCCCAAGGGCCGUGGCCUCAGCCCAGAGCGCAUCGUCGCUCCCAAGCCCCAGCGCCCACACGAGACCCGUCAGGUCAUCAACACCCAGUACGACAAGACCACUCUUGAGGACCUCAACCGCCGCUUUGCCAAGCAGCAAAUCGAGGAGUCGUCCGACGACUCAGACUACGACUCCGACGAGGGCUCCGACGUUCCUUCGCUCACCAGCCGCUCCACCAACAGCUCCAGCCCGUCCAGUGUCAGCUCUGGUAGCUCAUGCUGCACAUGCGAACGCUACGGAAUCACCCGCGCUGGUGACCGCGUCAAGCUCGACUGCGGUGGUGCUCGCUGCGGAUACUCUGACGACUCAUCCGACUGCUCCUCCGAGGACGAGUACGUGUACGAGGAGAAGACCACCCGCCGCCAGGGUGUCGUCAUCCGUUCCUAAGUGCCUCACUAUCAUCCUGGAUACCAUUGUUCCAUCAUCGACACCUGCAUCCUUGCAUCUGCCAUCACAGUGUGCCGAUGCGCCUUUUCAACCUCUUUCUUCUGUGCAUAUUAUGAUUACGAAUCUUCUUUCUUAUCUUGUUCUAUCAACCACAACCGGCCUC